AUGAAAAAAUUUAAAAGUGAAGCAUUUGAAUUCUGGGUGAUUCCAGUACAAAAAGAAUUUUUCAGUUAUUUGAGUUUCAAAAAAGUUACUAAAUUAUAUGGAAUUCAAGCAUUGACAAUACAAGAUCUCAAACAAUUUAUACCAGGAAGUUAUUCAUGGAAUUCUGAAGAUAUCUGUGACAAAAUGAUUAGCCAUUGUAUUGUGGACUUGAAGGUCAGAAAACAUUUAAUUGACUCUGCUGAAAAUUAUCCAAUAAUUAAUGUUUUUUUAGUUAAAACUGCAAAAUUUUGGUGGAACAGGAUCUGCCAAUGA